CACUUUGGGUGGAUUGCCAAAUCUUGGAGUCUGAUCGAAAACUCUGCUCUGGUCCACUCCGGUAAUGAGUGUGGAGUGUGCUCGUAUAUAAGCAGCCUAGGACUACCCAGAUUAAUUACUUCGAUUCCGAUCUUCGUCGAGUGCAUUUCAAUAUACCCAAAGAGUUCUGAGAAACCAAACGCAAAACAAAACCAAAAUAAUGGGAAAAGCCACCUAUCUGCUGUGCCUGUGUUUGAUUGGCGCCGUUUGGGCCAUUGAAUUGCAGCCGGAGCCGGACUAUGGACCAGUUGCCUAUGAGUUCCAGUGGUCGGUGAACGAUCCUCACACCGGGGAUAUCAAAAGCCAAAAGGAGACGCGGAAGGACGAUAAAGUCGAGGGAGUUUAUGAACUUAUAGAUUCCGAUGGCUAUCGUCGAAUUGUUCAGUACAAGGCGGAUGAUCACAACGGUUUCGAGGCAAUUGUCCAGCGGGAACCCACGGAUAUAAAGAUUCCACUGCCUGAGCCUCCCAAGAAACUCCUCGCCGCCAAGAUCCUGACUCCUGUGCUGCCGGUGGCUCCUCUGGUUCACUACGCUGCCCCCAAAGCCAUCAUCAAGCAGGAGUUGUCCUCCGGAAACUAUGUCUCCGUUUCCGGACCCACUGCUCAGUACAAGUACUAAAGGGAUCUUAAU